AUAUUCCCGUAAUAUGAUGGCACCGGCGGCAGUGAGUUGGACGGACGGAGAGCGGACCCCGUUAAGUUUUUGACACAUUUUCUUCGUUCGCGUAGCCACCGAAAAAAAAAGAGAGGUCCAACCAACCAAGCUCCAAAGUCGUCUCUAUCCUCCCUGCCUGCAAAUCUUAAUUCGAGCCCUCACCGUCCCUUCGAGGACAAAUAUAUCACAAAAGGGAACACACAAGAAAAGUAAAAGAAAAACGGCCAGACGGCAGAUAAAACGCGUCGGAGAAGGGAGAGCAAGGACGGAUUGUGGGCUGAAUCCGACUCAGAGUUCCUUCACUGCGGAUUUUUCAAUCCGGAGGAAGUAGAACAAAGAGGAUCAUCAGCCACAAAAUAACUGCUGGGCUUUGUCUUACUGCAGUAGAGUAGAGAAUUUUAUGUCCAAUUUCAGUUGGGGAAAAAGGGAUCAUCUUUCUGGGCGUUAACUACUAGACCGAUGAAUGUGGUUGGCAGAGUUGGGAGCCUUAUCUCACAAGGCGUAUACUCUGUCGCCACCCCUUUUCACCCUUUUGGUGGCGCUGUUGAUGUGAUUGUGGUUCAACAGCAAGAUGGGACAUUUCGGAGCACCCCUUGGUACGUUAGAUUCGGCAAAUUUCAGGGUGUUCUUAAAGGGGCGGAAAAGAUAGUGCGCAUUGAAGUUAACGGAACUGAAGCUGAUUUCCACAUGUUCCUUGAUAAUUCUGGCGAGGCUUACUUCAUACAUGAUAUUGACUCUGGCAAAGGAGGAGAGGAAAGUGGCAUUGUAAAAGAUUCCGAUGGUGGGGAACUCUCACAGGAGGCUGGAGGUUUUGACCCGAAUCAGAACAACCUUGGAGGAAUGCCAAGACUUGAACAUAGCAUUUCUGAUUCUGUUGUGGUGCAGUUGAGAGGGGAACACGAUUUAGUAGGUAGCCGACUUGAUAGGACAGAAUCUGAUGUUGACCGGAGGUACUAUGAUCUCCAAGACGAACCACCUUCUCCAGUUUCCUUAACAGAAUUUGGGUCUGGUAGAUUUGAGGGCCUAGGCAGUGGGUCAGCUGCAGAUUCGCAGGGUUCAGAUUCAGAAGUGAUUUUGGUGAGUGUAGAUGGACAUGUAUUAACUGCCCCUGUUUCAGCCUCAGAAGAGGACACUGAGAAUGUGCAGCUGAGUACACCUCAAUUUCACUUAGGCCCAGGUGAUGGAACCGAAGAAUUCAAUACGGGAGAUGAUACUUGGGCUGCUGAAUAUAUCAGCAAGCUGAAUGCAUCUCCUUCCGAUGCUGCAUCUGAUAAAGCUUGUAGUGUUAGCAAUGAGGAUUUUUCUUUACAACACCCCCUGGAAGUCUGUGAAGGUCAAGGGGAACAUAAUUGUCAAAGUCAAGGGACUCAAGAUAGCCCUAGGCUAGAAGAAGAAAUUCCAAUACGAAGUGAUUCAGAAGAUUCGUCUGCUAGAAGUAGGAAGGGAGAUGUUUUUGGAAGUUGCUUAGCUCUAUCAGAAAUUGGUGAGCAUGUUGGAAAUGGUAGUUUUGAAGCUGUAAACACUUCACUGCAAAUUAAGACAGUUAUCGAAGAGUCUUCUUUCAGUCUUUCAGCAGUUAAUCAAACUCAAAAUAAGGUCCUUGAUGAAUCAGCUGAUGAUAGGAUCAGCCCACAGAUUUCAGAUUCUGCCAGAUUUGAUGCGUCACCUUCGUCACAAGUUGAAGUUGAAGUCACUGAGACCAAUGUUUUAGGGCCUGAAGGUCUAGGUAAUGACACCUUGUCUAUUCAUUCAGUAAAUCCAGAACCAAAGGAUGGCUACCUUGGUGCUUCUGCAGUGAAGGAAGAGCCAGAUGUUAAAGAACAAUCUAUGCAUGAAGAUCAGAGUUCCACUAGUGAGACAAUGCAACCUCAAAAAGAAACAUCCAAUGCUGCAUUUCCACAUUCUAGCACAAGGGUCGAACUCUCUCUCUGCGGGAAGGAACUUCACGCUGGUAUAGGCUUUGAGGCUGCUGCUAAAGUUUUUGAAGCACACCGCGUAUCAGUGGAGGACUUUAAGAGUUCUACAACCUCUAUUAUCAAGAAUGAACAGUUGAUUGUUAGGUUCGCAGAGAAGUAUUUGCCAUGGGAAAAGGCUGCCCCGGUUGUCCUGGGAAUGGCUGCAUUUGGUAUAGAUGUUCCUGUGGAGCCCAGAGAUGCAAUUCCUGUCGACCAAAGUGAUCCAGAGACUAGAGACGAUGAAACUGGGUUGGUUUCGACGCCCACAAGUCGCAGGUGGAGGCUCUGGCCUAAUCCGUUUAGAAGGGUCAAAACUCUUGAGCAUACUGCCAGUAACUCAUCAAGUGAAGAGUUAUUCGUUGAUACUGAAUCUGGAACUUUAAACUCAAAUGCAGAGCCACCUUCGGCUUCUUCUAUUGGCAUAGAGUCCCCUCACAAGCAGUAUGUGAGGACUAAUGUUCCAACUAGUGAGCAGAUCGCCUCAUUGAAUUUGAAAGAUGGCCAAAAUAUGAUAAAAUUCAGUUUCUCCACAAGAGUUCUGGGCACUCAACAGGUAGAUGCUCAUAUAUACUUGUGGAAGUGGAAUGCUAGAAUCGUGAUUUCUGAUGUUGAUGGAACAAUAACCAAGUCUGAUGUUUUAGGCCAGUUCAUGCCUUUGGUUGGCAAGGAUUGGUCACAAUCUGGAGUAGCUAAGCUUUUUUCAGCAAUAAAGGAGAAUGGAUAUCAGCUACUGUUUCUGAGUGCACGAGCAAUUGUCCAGGCAUAUCUGACCAGAAGUUUUCUUUUUAACUUGAAGCAGGAUGGGAAAACUCUACCCACUGGACCAGUUGUUAUUUCGCCAGAUGGAUUAUUUCCGUCACUCUAUCGUGAAGGUGAAGUCUUAUUUCUUGGUGUGGAGCUGCUUAUCUUAUUCUAAUUUCCUUUCUGAUAAUACUGAACAUGUAUCUUUUUCUUAUCCCACUGAUGAAAUGUAUGAUGCUAAAGUGUGACUUUUCUGUAAGCACUUAUUACAUAGUUGGGCUCUCUGGUUUCGGUCACUGACAGCUAGAUAAAUAAUACUGGCAUGCACACACUUACGAAUUAUUCUAUUCAUUGUGCAAAAUAUAAAUCUUAAGAGUCAUAACGCGGGCUAACUGCGACUGUAUGACUGUAUCUUCUUUGUUUCUGGUUGACAGUCAUAAGGCGGGCUCCACAUGAGUUUAAGAUUGCUUGCUUAGAGGACAUCAGGAAACUGUUUCCAACUGAUUACAACCCAUUCUAUGCGGGCUUUGGGAAUAGAGACACCGAUGAACUUAGUUACCGCAAAAUUGGUAUUCCAAAGGGGAAGAUUUUUAUCAUAAACCCGAAGGGAGAGGUGGCUAUUAGUCAUCGGAUCGAUGUGAGGUCGUAUACAUCAUUACACACUCUUGUCAAUGACAUGUUCCCUCCAACAUCACUGGUCGAGCAGGUAGAGGAAGAUUACAACGCAUGGAAUUUCUGGAAAAUGCCAUUGCCAGACAUCGAAGAGUUUGUCGCGUAGUUGAUAGUUGGAUAUGGAGAUGCUGUUUAGGAGUUGCUUGGGUCUUUAUUCUACUUGCUUCAGGGAAUGAGGUUCUUUGGAUGAAGGAAAGAGAUGAGAUUGUGAGAAUGGAGUGAUUUCGAAAUGAACUAGUAUUUGGGAGCAUAGAACCGAAGAUGUCUCCCCGGCAUUAAACCAGUUGUUGCCCGGUAAAAAUGAUUGGCUGCACCCUCUUACCUUUGGGCGCAUGUCGUCAGCUCAGCUGGUCAUCCUGCGUUAAGUCAGAAACAUUAUAGCACAAGUGACAGUGUUGCAGAGAAGUGAAUUUACAUCAUAGAAAAGUACGAGUGACUGAGUGAUAAUAGCACCUCUGCUCUAAGUGGUAGUACAAUCUGUGUUUCCUUCUGAGUAGAUAUGUAAUCCCGUCACAGAUGCUACUAUGGGAAAUGAUCAACACUGAUUGAUUGUUAGAGAAAUGGACAAUUCUGUUGCAGCAACCCAUUGUUAGUCGUUCUUCUCACGAUAGGCCCAUCAGUAGUAUCAAAGGAAACCAAAUGUUAGCGAUCUAAAUGCUAUCAGGGUCGUUCGUUUGGAUGAGGCAUUUGAAUGAGUUAUUUAGG